AUGGCUACCAAUGAACGAGCUAAACGAGAUUCAACAGAUCGAAAUCUUUUGAGCAAAAUUCUAAAUGAUUUAGAACGCAGUGAUAAAACAGAUAAUCAACGAUUAGAAGAUAAAGCAUUAGAUGACUUUCAGUCAAAAUUUAGUACUAAAGCAAAAUUUUCAAGUCAUUCUGAACACAAACAAUUCCUUAAUUUUUUACAUUUUAUUAUAAAGAAAAAAUUACUUAAUCCAAGUUCGAUCAGUCAAUUUGAAAAUCUUUCAAAUGAAGUUAUUUAUGAGAUUUUCGAAUUUCUUGAUGCUUGUCAACUCUACGAAAGCUUUUUCGAUCUUAAUAUACGAUUUCGAAAUCUUUGUAAACAUUCAAAUCUUCCAAUUCAAAUCAAUACUCAAUCUGUAUCUAAAUCGACCUUUCAACGUAUUCAUACUGAUUUUAUUCUGCCUAAUAGACAUCGAAUUCAAUCACUUGAUUUAUCAAAUUCAUUCAUUAUCAAUUUUUUUUCUUCAUCAACAGAAGAUAUUUCAAAAUGUUCUCAACUUCAAACACUUAUUCUUGAUAAGAUGGAGUCAGGAUAUCUCGAAAAUCUUCUUAGAAGUUUAGAUUCUUUAUCUAAUCUAUCUUCAUUAAUUAUUUUUAUUGGUCUUAAUUCAAAUAAAAACAUUCUCUGGAAUUUGAUAUUCCAGUUACCGGUGCUAAAAUAUUGCAAAAUAUCUUCCGAAGAAAAUCUUUAUUUAGGAUAUUUGCCAAUGUCUACCAAUACAAUAAGUUCUAUUAAAUAUCUGGAUAUUAAUAGUAAAUUAUAUUACAAUGAUGUUGAUACUAUUUUAUCAUAUGUUCCUCAACUUCAUCGUUUAUCAAUCAAUUAUCUGUAUCCAUAUUACACAGGCGGAACACAUGUACCUCUCUUUACUGUAAAUAAUUUAACACAUGUAUCUCUUACAUUAGAUCAUUUGCUGUUUGAUCAAUUUGAAACAUUGGUUAAAAACUACCUUAGUCAAGUAAAAGUAUUGCAGAUUUCAUCAAACUAUGAUUCGACAUAUAUAAAUGCCAUACGAUGGGAAAAUUUGAUUUUAUCCCAUAUGUCAUAUUUACAAAUCCUUGACUUGCAACAUAUAUACGACAUAGUCUAUCGUAAUAACCAGGCACUUAUGCAUGAGAAUAUAUUUCAAUAUUUUACUUCUCCAUUUUGGAUUGAACGACAAUGGUUCUUUGCACAUGAUACUAAUUUUGGAUCACCUCCACGUGGAAUCUUCUAUUCAAUUCAACCAUAUAGAAGAAAAUACUUCACAUUAACCGGCGAGCUCAAUUCAGAUGAGUGUCCAUCUCAAGACAAAACUAUUUUUGAUUCAGUUCAUCAUGUUAUUAUUCAAGAUGAAAGGAUGAUAGGCAAUUGUUCAAAAUACUUUCCAAAUACCAAUGAACUCACCAUUUCCGAUCAACGUACAGAUCGUGCUAAACGAUCUGCAAUUAUUAGUAUCGAUUAUAUUCUUCCUUUGAUACAACUUACUAAACUAACAAUUGAUUAUAGUCAUCGUCCUUUCAGUAAAGUGAUUGAUUUGUUAUAUUCGACACCUAAUGUUCAUACAUUAGUGGUCAAAUGUGUAUCACUCGUUGCAACAGAUUAUUUUCCAUUACAACAAAGUGAAAAAUUUCGAUUGGUAUCAAAUUAUAAUAAAAUAAUAAAUGUUACUAUUUUGUUUGAUUAUUCAUUACGCAAUAUUCAACUAUUGAUGAAUCUCUGUCCUAAAGUACGACAAAUUUAUAUUGGCACUUCUGAGAAUUAUCUUGAAUCAACUAUGCAAUUUUUAAUGUCAGCAACUAAGAGAACUAAUUGUUAUUUAUCUUCAAUAUGUAUUUUUGGUGUGAAUACAACUAUUAAUGAAAAAUUGAAAACUCUAAUUGAAUCCGAAAAAUUUAUUAAUAAUUAUUCAAUAAAAACCAGCGGCCAGACAUUCGAUCUUUGGUGGUGA